GCGCGUGCGCGCCGGAGCGCGCGCCCGGAGGGGCGGGCUGGGACUCUGGGCUCACACGCCCUUCUACGGCUGGGCGCCUGAGCUCCCUUCCGCUUCCGACGCGCUGUCCGCCAGCCGGUGGAUGUGCGGCAACAACAUGUCGGCCCCGCUGCCCGCCGUCGUGCCCGCCGCCCGGAAGGCCACCGCUGCGGUUAUUUUCCUUCAUGGAUUGGGAGAUACUGGGCACGGAUGGGCAGAAGCCUUUGCAGGUAUCAGAAGUUCCCACAUCAAAUACAUUUGUCCACAUGCGCCCAUUAUGCCUGUUACAUUAAACAUGAAUAUGGCUAUGCCUUCCUGGUUUGAUAUUAUUGGACUUUCACCAGAUUCUCAGGAGGAUGAAUCUGGAAUUAAACAGGCAGCAGAAAAUGUAAAAGCUUUGAUAGAUCAAGAGGUAAAGAAUGGCAUUCCCUCUAACAGAAUUAUUUUGGGAGGAUUUUCUCAGGGAGGCGCUUUAUCUUUAUACACUGCUCUUACCACGCAGCAGAAACUGGCCGGCGUCACUGCGCUCAGUUGCUGGCUUCCACUUCGGGCUUCGUUUCCACAGGGUCCUAUCAAUAGCACUAAUAGAGAUAUUUCUGUUCUCCAGUGCCAUGGAGAUUGUGAUCCUUUAGUUCCCCUAAUGUUUGGUUCUCUUACUGUUGAAAAACUAAAAACACUGAUAAAUCCAUCCAAUGUAACCUUCAAAAUCUAUGAAGGCAUGAUGCACGGCUCAUGUCAGCAGGAAAUGAUGGAUGUCAAGCAGUUCAUUGAUAAACUCCUACCUCCAAUUGAUUGACGUCACUAAGAGGCCUUGUGUAGAUGUUCACCAGCAUCACUGUAGUAGAGUAUAAACCCUUUCCCAUGCCUGAUCAUAAAACUUCUAAUGUUUGCAGUAUUAAAAUGUUUUACAAAUACAUACCAAUGAUACAGACUAAAUGAUGUCUCCCUCAUGGGAAAUGUGUGAUCCUUUUAAGUUUCUAUACAUAUAUCUGUAUUAUACAAUCCAGAAUGUACUAGUAUUAAAAUAGAUGAAAAGAAGCAGCUAGCUUCUUUUUCUCAAAUUAAUUCAACAAAAUAAAAUACCACAACCAGAAUUUUAUUAUAUCAUUUGAAGAUUACUAGUAUGCUCACUGAAAAUUUGUUCAGGUCUAAACAUACUGUUAGGAUAAUCUGUAAGUGACUUUUUAAUGCUGAGAGUUAGACUGUGGUCUUACUCAAUUGUUUAGUCACCAUGCAGUGUCUAUUUUUAUAUGUGUAAUCAUAUAUACAUGACUGUAAUACAUAAGGACUAGAUGGUAUUACAUUAUCCCUGAUACUAGGAUAAUGCUUUUUAAGUGUCAGAAAAGUAAUACUGUUCUCUUCAAUUAAUGGUCCUUUUACUGGGGGGCCAGGCUGUUCUUUUCCUUCUACUUAAUUUUUCCCCUCUCAAGAAACAAAGAAGUUU